CAUUUCAAUUUAGUGGCUCGUAGUAUGCAGUUUAAAAAACAAUUGCGUUCUUAACGUGGUCGAGGCAUAUUUGAGUGAGUGAAAUUUGACGCCAAUCCUUUUUGCGUGUGUUUUUGUUUCAGUGCGUCAUUUUUGAGUGAAUCGUCCUUAAAGUGAGUGAAACAAUUUUUUAAGUAAGUGCGGAGUGCAAAACAGGAUAUAGUCAUCAUGUAUAUGCCGUACGAUCAACUUCCUGAUGCAACGGAUAAGUUCCAGCUUUAUGAGGAAAUAGCAAAGGGUGCCAAUGCAAGGGUCCAUCGUGGUAAGGAGCUGGCAAAUGACCGAAUUGUUGCCAUUAAAAUUCAAUCCUACGACAAUGAGCAUCAAAUUCAUAUCGAAGAGGAAUAUCGCACUUUGCGGGAUUAUUCGAGCCACAAGAACAUUCCGGAUUUCUAUGGGGCCUAUAAAAUGAAGAAAACGAAUGCACCUGAUGAGAUUUGGUUUAUCAUUGAAUAUUGUGAUGCUGGGAAUGUUAUGCAAUUGGUUAACAAACUUUUGUAUUUGAAUCGAAAACUCAACGAAGAACACAUUGCUUAUAUAAUUCGUGAAGUCUGUCGAGCUGCUGUGGAAUUGCAUAGCAAUCAUAUAAUGCAUCGGGACAUUAAGGGAAGUAAUAUCCUAUUGACGAAGAAGGGUCUGGUUAAGUUGUGUGAUUUUGGAUUAAGUCGGGCUAUCGAUUCGACAGUUGGCAAGCGAGGAACGUGUAUUGGGUCACCUUGCUGGAUGGCUCCGGAGCUUGUUACGGCAUUCGAUACGACUGACCCAGAAGUAUAUGAUAGCCGUGUCGAUGUUUGGGCUCUUGGAAUUACAACCAUUGAAUUGGCUGAUGGAAAACCACCAUUCAGUGAUAUGCAUCCAACAAGGGCAAUGUUCCAAAUUGUUCGAAAUCCACCACCGACAUUAUUUAAGCCCACCAACUGGUCUCAAGUCAUUAAUGAUUUUAUUAGUGAAUGUUUGGAAAAGAAUCCCGAGAAUCGUCCAAUGAUGAUGGAAAUGGUUGAGCAUCCUUUCAUGACCGAACUUUUUGACAAUGAAAGUGAUAUGCAAGAAGAAAUAAAAACUCUUCUUUCAAUGGCAACCGAAGCACCGGAACCAGAUAAAAUCGAUGAAGUUCUUGUGGAUCGUGGUUACAUCAAGAAAUUCGAAUCUGAACCAGAGAAAAUGUACUCCGAAGAUUUGGCUGGAAUUGAGAAUCCAGUUGAAGAAGUUGUCCUCGAUGCAGUACGAAACCGGUGCAUGGCUGGAAGUGGUUAUAGUUUUAUUGGUGAUAUUCUAUUGUCGGUUAAUACCAAUGACUUGCCAAAGGAGUUUCCAGAAGAGUUUCAUGCAAGAUAUCGCUUUAAAUCCCGCUCCGAGAACUCUCCACAUAUAUUUUCUGUAGCUGAUAUUGCUUAUCAGGACAUGAUGCAUCACAAGGAACCACAACAUGUGAUGUUUUGCGGGGAAAGUUUUUCCGGUAAAUCAACAAAUGCUCGUCUUUUGAUAAAACAUCUCUGCUAUUUGGGCAAUGGCAACAGAGGCGCCACCGAACGUGUGGAAAAUUCAACAAAGGCCGUUCAAAUGCUCAUCAAUGCUGGAACACCAAUUAAUAAUGACUCGACACGAUGUAUUAUGCAAUAUUUUAUUGCAUUUGGCAAUACUGGAAAGAUGAGUGGUGCUGUCUACAAUAUGUACAUGUUGGAGAAAAUGCGAGUUUCAACAACGGAUAUGAAUCAACACAAUUUCCAUAUUUUCUACUAUCUCUAUGAUUUCAUGAAUGCCGAGGGUAAAUUAAAGGAAUACCAUCUCCAAGAAGAACGCAAUCACCGCUACCUGCGUAUACCACCCGAAUCACCACCCACUAAAUUGAAAUACGUUCGCGAUGAUCCCACGGGAAAUGUCGAGAAAUAUCGUGAGUUUGAGAGAAUUCUCGGCGAUCUGGAUUUCAAUCACAAACAAAUCGAAACCAUUCGAAAAAUGUUGUCGGCAAUUUUAAAUAUUGGCAAUAUUCGUUUCCAGCAAAAUGGUCGUCAUGCUAGUAUUGAGAAUCCAGAAGUUGUUACCAAAAUUGCUGAACUAUUGCGAGUUGAUGAGAAGAAAUUUGUUUGGUCGCUAACUAAUUACAUUAAGGUUAAGGGUGGUAUUGCCGAACGGAAGCAAUAUUCAUCGGAGGAAGCUAGAGAUUCACGUGAUGCUGUGGCAUCGACCAUCUACAAUCGUUUGGUUGAUUGGAUUAUCAAUAAAAUCAACAUGAACAUGGCUUUCCCGAGGGCUGUUUUUGGCGAUGCUAACACCAUAGUAAUUUAUGAUUUGUAUGGAUUUGAGUGUUUCCAUCGUAAUGGAUUUGAACAGCUCAUGAUAAAUACGAUUAACGAACAAAUGCAAUACCAUUACAAUCAGAGGAUAUUUGUUAGUGAAAUGCUUGAACAGGAAGCCGAUGGAAUUCCUACAAUGCAAUUAAAUUUCUACGACAAUAAGAGCGCCUUGGAUAACUUACUCACCAAGCCCGAUGGACUUUUCUAUAUUAUUGACGAAGCUUCUCGCACUAGUCAGGAUCAAGAUCAAAUCAUGGAUCGAGUUGCUGAGAAGAAAAGUCAAUUUGUUAAAAAACACUCCAAUACUGAAGUAGCAGUUUCUCACUACACUGGUCGUCUGCUCUACGACACCCGAGCAUUUGUUGAUAUCAAUCGUGAUUUUGUUCCUCCAGAAAUGAUUGAAGCACUUCGAUCAUCAUUGGACGAAAAUACAGUUAUGAUGUUCACAAAUAUGUUAACCAAAGCUGGUAAUUUAACAAUGCCAUUCGAAAAUAAGGAACAUAAACAAGCUGAUGGAAAACGGAGAGCUUAUAUUUUCAAUACACUCUCACUUGGACAUAUAUCACAAGUGAAUAAUUUACGCACUAUGUCAGCUAAUUUUAGAUACACGUGUUUGACUAUAUUGAAGACAUUGAGUCAAAGUCAAGGAUUGGGAAUGCAUUUUGUUCGAUGUGUUCGAGCUGAUUUGGAUUAUCAGGUAAAAGGUUUUCAUCCUGAAAUGGUUCAACAGCAAUUGAAGGCUUUGGGAGUUAUGGACACCAUAAUUGCGAGACAAAAAGGAUAUUCGUGUCGUAUAUCAUUUCAAGAGUUUCUUAAACGUUACCAAUUUCUGGCCUUUGACUUUGAUGAAACUGUCGAUAUAACAAAAGAUAACUGCCGAUUGUUAUUGGUUCGUUUGAAAAUGGAAGGAUGGGCUAUUGGAAAAUCAAAAGUAUUCCUUCGUUAUUACAAUGAUGAAUUCUUGGCAAGAUUAUAUGAAGUUCAAGUGAAAAAAAUCAUCAAGGUACAAUCUAUGAUGAGAGCAUUAAUCGCAAGGAAAAAAAUGGCCAAAGGAGUUCCCCCAGGUCAAGUCGCCGGCACACAACCCGGAGCAAAGACUCCAAGUGGACCAGAGGCCGAUAUUGCAGCAGCAACUAUCCAGAAAGCAUAUCGGGGCUUCCGUGAAAGGCAAAAGUAUGGACCUUUGUAUAAUGAAAAGACUGGUCAAAUCAAUGAAGCGACAGCAAAUUUCGUACGGAAUUAUGCAAAGAAAUGGCGAGAGCGGUCGAUAUUCCAGGUUCUGCUGCAUUACCGGGCAGCGAGGUUCCAGGACCUCGUUAACCUCUCACAACAAGUUCACAUUUACAAUCAACGUGUUGUGGCUGCCCUGUCUACUGUGAGUAGGCCAAUUCCUUUGGAAAAAAUCGAUAAACGUCAAAUCAAUGCAUCAUUAUUGGGUCCAAUGCCAAUACCAACUAAAAAGCUACCAUUUCGUCUAGAUCAAAUACCAUUUUAUGACACAAGUUAUAUGUGUAAUCCAGUAAGUUCGGUAGCGAGGACAACGCUGCCAGCUGGCUUUUUAACAAAUGAAGAUGAAGAAGCCUGGGAUAGUCCUCUGCAACGUAAUCCCUCAUUAACUACACACUUAAUGACAUACAAUGCAUACAAAAAGGAGCAGGCUUGCCAAACAAAUUGGGAUCGAAUUGGCGAGAGUGAUGUUGUUUAUAAUCAAACGUUUUUGAGGGAUCCGCAUUUGAUGAGAAACCGGCAAAACUAUAACUUCCAAUCAAACUAUCCAAAUCCACAGCAACAAUAUAAUCAAAAUUACUAUGGUGUCCCACCACAAAAUCAACAAUACAAUAAUUACAAUAAUUAUCGUCCAAAUUACACAUCCACUGGCACCGGAUCGAGGCGAAAUUCCCUGAAAAGCUAUCCAGCACCACCACCGCCACCACCAAUGCCCCCUAUGAAUAUGAUGCGUGACGACGCAUCGCGAAUGAAUGCAAAUCGCAAUCAAAAUUUUAAUAACUAUAAUCGUGCACAGCAAUUUAUACCAAAUAAAUCGGACCCGGUGCGGGAGUUGCAGUCACUUGGCAGACGAUCAAGUAUGGAUACUUCUGAGGAUGAACCACCCUUUAACUUCAAAGCAAUGCUACGCAAAACCAAUUACUCAAGGCCGGAAAACAACAAUGUGGAAUAUAACAGUCGUACUUUCAAUAGUUCGACUCAAAACAAUGCUAUGCCCAAACUUCGACCAACUUCAGGUCAAAAGAACUUUGGCAAUACUUCUAAUACGACUUCGUACAAUCGACCUGACGCCAACUUCAAUCGUCCUACAAAACCCGUGUCCAGUUCGGUUGGAAAGACUUUGGAGGAGGAUAGCUCAGCUACAACUUUCAAGGAGGCCGGCGCAUAUGUGGAAGAAGAAAUCGCUCCUGGUGUUACAUUGGCGGGAUAUGCAAUUGACAUUUAAAUUCAAAAAUAUAAAUAAAACAAAAAU